AAUACAAUCACUUUGAUAUGCCUGCAUUAUAUAUAUAACUUCUCUCAAAUUAUAUCUUCUCUAAUCCCCUACCCUCCUCGAUCCCUUUGACAGUGGGUUAUAAUCCUAUUGAAUAUAUAUAAAUAGAUAUAUGAGAGUCUUAUGAAUAUCUCAAAUUCUUAUUGGAUUAAAAAUAUCCUAUGAACAAGUUUGAAAAGUGUUACACAUUGCAGCCACUACUCGUCAACACAUUGGAUUUGUCUUCGAUAGUAGAGAUGAAAGCACUUGCUUCAAAGACCUUCAUUUGAUUUCCAUGAGAAUAGAAUUGAACAUAAGAAGAAAAUAGUAAUAUUGAGCAACAAGAGAAGGAGAUCAACAUAAUAGAAGCAAUGGGAUUUUGGGAACUAUUAGAGGUGGCUUCUGCACCAGUUAUUCAAGUCUUACUUAUCAGUUUAGUUGGAGUUUAUAUGGCAAGUGAUUAUUGUAAUAAUCUUCUUUCAUCAAACUUUCGAAAAUCCUUGAACAAGAUUGUCUUCAUUGCGUUCACUCCUUCACUUAUAUUUGUCAGUUUUGCCAAGAAUGUUUCUCUUGACGAAAUGAUAUCAUGGUGGUUUAUGCCCGUUAACAUUGGAUUUACCUUCUUAAUUGGAGCGAUUCUCGGAUGGAUAAUUGUAAAAUUAUUAAAACCAAACUUGAAAGUGGAAGGACUUAUUAUUGCUUCAUGUUCAACAGGAAACAUGGGUAACCUUCCGGUUGUAAUUAUCCCUGCUAUUUGUGAUGAGAAAGGAGGUCCAUUUGGUGCACCUGAUGAUUGUCGCAACAGGGCUCUCUCAUAUUCGUUUUGCUCUUUGGCGCUUGGUGGUGUCUUCAUUUGGACAUAUACUUAUCAACUAAUGCGAAACACAUCUAUGAGAUACAAGGCAUUUGAGGCUGCUGAGAUCUUAAAGAUUCCCAACAAAGAGGUUGAGGCUAAUGUAGAAACUCGCCUUCUCAAGCAAAAUGAUGGUUACACCAUAGACACUGAGAAUCAAGUUAUUGUAGACCAAUGUUCAUCCAUUGUAUCAAUAAAUACGGAAAAAAAUUUAUGGCAUAGAAUGAUGGAAACUAUAGGUCAGAUUCUUGCAGAACUAAUGUCACCCCCAACAAUUGCAACAUUUUUAGGUUUCCUCUUUGGUGGAGUUGCAUGGCUAAGGAACCUAAUAAUAGGGCAUGAUGCUCCACUACGAGUGAUCCAAGAAUCCAUUCAAAUGCUAGGGGAUGGUACAAUUCCUUGUAUCACUGUUUUGCUUGGUGGCAACCUAACACAAGGCAUGAAAUCAUCAAGUAUCAAACCAUUGAUUCUCAUUUGCAUCAUCAUAGCUCGACUUUUCUUACUACCUGUUAUUGGAUUUUGUGUUGUUAAAGCGGCUGCAAACUUAGGUUUCCUUCCAUUGGACCCUCUAUUUCAGUAUGUGUUGGUAAUGCAAUAUGCCCUCCCACCUGCAAUGAAUAUCAGUACCAUGGCUCAACUAUUUGAUGUAGGCACUGAAGAGUAUUCUGUUAUUCUCUUGUGGACAUAUGGAGCUGCUACUAUAUCUCUCACUCUUUGGUCAGUAUACCUUAUGGGAUAUUUUAUUAGAUGAGAAGGUUUUACCAACCAAACACCUUGAAGGAGAUCAUAUACUCGAUCUGUAUACAGAACCACAAACAAUAGUUGUAUAGCUGAUACUUGUACAGUAAACCCAUUUCACCUGCUUUAUUUUAGUGAUAGUCGAUCAUGUUGAAGCAUCUUAUGUUGAAGACUUGGUAAAAUUUCACAUGAUAUGCUCUAUAAAAUCAUAUACAUAACAAAAUAUAAGAAAGAAGUUAGGAGCAUAUAUAAGUAAAAGCUAGCUUGUGUUUCAUGGCCUUGCAAAAUGUUUGUGGUGAGAGUAUAUGUGGUUGAAAGCAUUAAUUUUACUUCUAGUUUUCCUUUAUAUUCUCCAAAACAUGUCUACUUAUUUGUAACAU